AUGAAUGCUUUAAGGAAGCAAGCCUUCAAACUCAGAGAACAAGUCGCCAAACAACAACAGGCUAUAAUCAAGCAAUUCAGUGCGAGGGGCUAUGAAAGCUCGGAGGUUAUGGUUAUUGAUGAGAUUGAGAUGCAAACGCAUCACCAAUUGGAGAAUUUGUACCGAUCUACUCGCUCUCGAAGGGAUUUUCAGAAAGAACUUGUCAAAACAGCCGAAGCAUUCAGUGAUGUAGGGUAUAAACAUAUAGAAGCCGGUGAGUAUAUGCAAAUCUCAUCAUCUGAUGUUAACUUGCACGAGUCUACAAGUUGUUGUCGGGAAAUUAACUUCAUAAAGUGCUCUCUCUUAGUGAAAAGGCCGCGCACGUAG